UCCGCCGCCAUCCCGGGCUUGCGAUCGUUGUUCUUCCGACCAGCAUCUCUCUCGGCCCUCGGUACUGUACUGCCGAUGGCCCACAACAUCUUCUUUCGGACGCAUCACACUCAUCCACACCCCGACCUCCCCCACAAUCCUGUACCUUUUGCCGUAAGCAGUAAUCCCAGCUGAACUGGACAACGUGAAGUACCCAGGAACGUCCUGAAGGGUCUUGAUUGAUGAAAUGAUGGGUGAUAGGGAUCCGAUUGUUUCAGGUGAUGGUCACUGGAUUCUUCUGUACGGUUGCUGUCGUGAGCUGAAGGACCGAAGCGGCUCCAGCUUUUCGGCUGCUGUGUGGACCUAACAAUCUAAGGGAGGCUGGCUUUGGCUGAUGGAAGCCAUAGACGUCCGUGCUUUGAUACGUUGACGAGCUUGCGAUACGACCGAGGGACAUAUAAUGAGCGAGAAUCCACCCUAAUCUACUUUCCUUCGCUCUCCAGUCGUCAGUCCAUUAUCAAUCCCUAUAGCCUUCAGGAGACCCAUACAUACAUAUAAACUUCCCAUCAACAUGAGCCGCCCCAACUCCAGUCUCGCGUACCCUGAGAUGAAAGAACUUUUCGACCGGAAUAUCAAGUGGUCAAAGAGAGUAUGGAACAAAGACCCCGAAUUUUUCCCUCACCACUUCCCAGGCCAGCGACCUGAGAUCAUGUGGAUAGGAUGUUCCGAUGCCCGUGUGCCAGAGACUACCAUCAUGGGCUGUGACCCAGGAGACAUCUUCGUACACCGAAACAUUGCAAACCUGUACUCUCCCCAAGACGACUCGAUCAACUCUGUCUUGAUGAUUGCGCUUCUCAACUUCAGAGUCAAGCAUAUCGUCGUUACUGGCCAUACCAACUGCGUGGGGUGCCUCACUGCCCUCAACGUCUCCCGCCUGCCCGCCACGCCCCCCACCACCGCCCUUCAACGCUACGUCCAACCCCUCGCGACCCUCGCUCGGACACUCGCCACCCCGGAAGGACCGCCUUCCCUGGAUCUGUUGGUGGAGGAGAAUGUGGUGCAGCAGGUGAAGAACCUGCUGGCGAGUGAUGUGAUCAAGAAUGACUGGAAGAAGCGAGGCCCGGAUGGGGUUGUCAUUCACGGGUGGGUAUAUCAUCUGGAAGAUGGAACAAUCCGUGAUCUCAACGUCUCUGUCGGUCCUCCCGGCCAUGUCCCCGGCAAAGUCGUCAAUGGCUUCUUUUAG